GUUGUUGGAUGAAAUGAUAUGAUGAUUUCUGCAUGCCUACUUCAGUGUAGGAAGAACUGUGAUGGAUACUGCAGUAUAUAGAGUUCAUACUGUGUAUAGAUACUGUCCUACUCUCACCUACUAUUUACACUGUCCAUACUGUUAAUAUUGUGUAUACUGACCAUUUAUUUCUACAUGUAGAUUUCUAGUUAUCUGUAUUCAUUUUUUUAUCUACAACUAUUGUAAUUGUAUUUUUAGUGAGUUCAUACUACACGUGUCGUUCAUAUAACAUGCUAGCUGUGUAUGCACAUAUUGCAUAUAAUACGCAUUGCUGCUAAUUUUGCACUUGCGGUUCAAUGCUAAACUACAUUUCCUCAUUAUAGCACAUUGGGCAGUGAAACGAAAUUAAUGCAUGUUGAUAUAUUUAAUUAUGAUUAAAUAUAAUGAUGGUUAAUAAUCUGAAGGUUGAAAAAUCAAUUUAGUAUUUUAAGCAAACACGUCUUGCCAAAAAAAAAAAAAAGGCAGGCCUUAAAUAAACAUUGGAGACAGCCACACAAGAGCUGACAAGAAGAGAGAGUCAGAUGUUAUAACAUGCUUCAUACGAGCUGAUGGGAGGCCCAAAGCAAAAGGAAGUCUAUUUAUGCUUUUGAGACCACCUUUGUUGUCUAUAUUCUCCACAUAUGUCCAAUAUUGUAACAAUGUCUACUCCUUUCUUCUCAGUUGUGUUGGAAUUUGGCAGUCAGAAAAUAGUCUACUACAAGAUAUAAUACUUUAAACACGUAUUUCAAAGAUUAAAAGUGUACAGUGUUUCUUGGGCAACUUUGCGUGUUUGAUUGGGAGUUCCUAAAGUUUGAAGACUGAAGUUUUGCCUAUUUUUAUGGAAGUGUAAAAAGGUGUCUAUGCAAGUAAAAUAAUAAGCAACAAGGUCUAAAAGAGCAAAAAUGUUCUUUUUUUGAAUGGUACAAAUGUAGCACAGUGGCUCCCUUCCCCAGCAGCAUGUACACUGCAAUGCACUGUUUAUACAGACAGUUGGAUCUAAGUUGAAAAAGUCUUUUUUGUUCAUGGCAGCAGCAGGGGGCUGUGUGAACUCCUUCUUCUUGCAUUGCCACUGACCUUUACUUUGAAAACAAUGGAAGUGGUGGGGACAAACCAGCAGUCAACUCCCUGAAGCAACUCAGAGUUUUGGAUUACAUCAAAGCCAAGAUAAGAAGGUUUUAAAUGUUUGAGUAUAAAAUCUAAUGAAUAUACACUAUAAUCCACUGAAAAGAAAUGCACAGACGUAUUCGACAUACUUGUCGGAAAACUUACCAAGAUUGUAGCUUGUGACGAAACUGUGAUCAUGAUUUUGUCGGGGCAAAGGCUCUGCUUAGUCCCACUUACAGGUGUUUCCAUUGGUUUUGGUGAUAAGACCUCUGUUCAGGUUGUAGGUGAGUAAAGCUUGGAAUCAGAUCCAUAUAUCUGGGUGAAAGUGUAAAUUGCUCAGCAACAAAGGCACGAAAGCUUGACAGAGAGAUCAAUGAAAUGUAAAUCAAGUUGUGUUCAAAAGUCCUACAAACAGGCACAAGAAGAGGAAACAUUUUUAUUUGUAUUUUAACAUUUAAUUGGACAAAACCUUGUCCAAUUUUUUGCACUAUGUACAAAAAGUUUACAUGAUUUCCUCCAAGAAAGGCUCCUGCCCCAAGUGGUCUACAGAAAAUAGAUGGCCGAAUAUUCUCGUUUAAGAUAGCCGUUAACUCUAUAAAUAAGAUAACAUCUCCUCCACACAGUCAAAAUCUAAAUUUUCUAAGAAACUACAAGUCUAUCAGCCUGAUGCUGUAAGUCAAUCACCCAGCAACAGAGUGACGUAUGUUUCACUUCCUUUCUCAGUUAUUUCUGGACCUCUGCGUUUGUAUGCAGAACAAUAAACUUCAUGAUGCUGCCCUGGUAAGAGGAAAUACUGGUCCACCGGCCAGUGAGAAGAAAUGAUGUUUUCACCUGCUACAGCAGUUCUUUAGUUCUUUAACAUAUGAUGUGUAGAAUCACUAUGGAGUUAAUGCCUAGUAGCUGUUUUGUUGGGAUUUGUCUGUCAGUCUGACCGAAGCAAACUACCUUCAUCUAUGGCCAAUCUGGAAAGAAAUAACAAAAUCCUGCUCGAUUUGGUGCGACAGCCGGGAAAUAACUUGUGUGCUGACUGUGGGAUUCCAGAGCCUGACUGGGCUUCCUACACUCUUGGUGUCUUUGUGUGCCUGAACUGCUCAGGGAUGCAUCGUAAUUUGCCCGCUAUCAGCAAAAUGAAAUCCAUUCGGCUGGACCACUGGGAUGAUUCACUGGUUGAGUUCAUGCAAGAGAGGGGUAAUUCUGCAGCCAAAGCUGUUUUUGAAAAGUGCGUUCCUGCCUUUUUCUACCGGCCACAACAUAAAGACUGUGUUGUUCUUAGGGACCAGUGGAUCCGUGCUAAGUAUGAAAGACGUGAAUUCACUGGAGAAAACAACUGCUUUCUGCAAACAUAUAACUCGGAUCUGUUUGAGUCAAUACUAUGGAAGAAAGGCAAAGACAACAAACAGUUUCUUAAGAGGAUCUUUCUGCUGUCGAGGAAAGACUUCACCCUCAGAUACUUCAUUAAAGAAGAUUCCAAGGUUCCCAAAGCUGUCAUCAGCAUGACGAAUCUGAAUGCAGUUUUCCAACCGGAGAAGAUCGGUCACGCUCACGGUCUGCAGAUCUCCUACCUGGAGGAUGAACGUAUGAGGAACCUGUUUGUUUACCACACCAGCGGGCAGGCAGUUGUGUCUUUUUUCAAUGCUAUUCGGGCAACACGGUUCGCAUACCUCCUGAAGAAACAUCCCACUCUCCGAGACAACGAUUUAAUACCUCAAAUAACAUCACUUUGCCUGAAGGAGGGGUACAUGGAGAAAACCGGCCCGACGCAACGGGAGCCAUUCAAGAAGAGAUGGUUCACACUGUGCUCAAUGAACAGAAAGCUUCUGUAUUUUAAAUCUCCCCUGGAUGCGACAGAGCUGGGUGCUGUGUUCAUUGGCACAGAAGAUCACGGAUACUCUGUUUCGGAAAGCAGCAGCCGGGGCAUGAGGGGAGGAAGAUGGCACUGUGGGAUCACAUUUGAGACCCCAGGCAGGCAGUUUGUGUUCAUGUGUGAACAGGAGCAGGAGCAGAAGGAGUGGAUGGAGGCCUUCAGAAAGGUCAUCUCUCAACCCAUGACACCAGAGGACUACACUAAUGAAGCCAACUUAAGAAGGGGGAAGUGACUGGAACACCUGCUGGUUUGCAAAAUGACUUAAGUAUCCUUUUGGGACAUGACAGAAAGAUGAACCAUGUCAUCAACUCUAACACUUUGCACAAGCUCUGAGUACACAGUCUGCAAUGUGACACUUUGAAGGCAAUUAAGUCUGAGCUCACUGGAGCCAAAUAUUGUAUUUAUUCCACAUGACGACUUCAAAAAUAGAUGAUUUCAUUUUAGUUGAGAUGUUGUAUUUUUUGUGUUUGAUUUCAUUUGCACAUUUUCACAAGAUUAGGAUUUUCUUACACUUUUUCACUGUAGCCAUCAAGAGUCUGUGAAACUUUCACGUAAAACGUAAUAAACAGUUAAAUCCUGCUUUUAACAUUUUCCAAUUUGUAUAUUCCUCUGAUACUAAAUCAUUUGUCAUUAUUUAUAUUGAUAAUAUUACAUUAUUAUCAUUUCAGUAAUUUUGUCUUUCAAUAUUUUAUUGUUAUCCAAGUUUCUUAGUUGUGUGUCUACAUCUUUUUUAUUUCAUACUCAGCGAUGUUGUAAAUGAGGCCUCCAUACUUCACUGCACUUUGUUUUGAAAUAAAAGUUGACUGAAUGAAUGAA